UUUAAUUCAGUCCAACAACCUGUGUGUGCCAUUUCCAGGCUAUGGAGGGCUCCAUGCUAACGCUGAGCCUGGCUAACUGGAUGGAGCUUCCUGGACUCAAACUGAAGGACUGGAUACGAGAGAAACGCAGAAAUGUGCGAAAUGACCGUGCCACGCCAGCAGAGAUAGCCUCCUACUACCAACACUACGUUUCCCAGAUGUCCCUGGAGAACAGCUUUGCCUGUGGAACCACCGUCACCUCAGUAACCAGGCAGCCGGGCAACCAGGAGGGGUCGCCGCCCCACUGGAGGGUGUUGGGACUGCAGCGCCAAGAAGGGGAAGAGCUGGCAG